CAGGGAGGGGGUGGAAAGGUUGUGUGUGUGUGUGUGUGUGUGUGGGAGAGCAGUUAGGGAGAAAAGGAGGGCUGAGAGAGAGCGAGAGAGAGAGAGAGUGAGCGUGUGAGAGAGAGAAAGAGGGAGGGGUUGACGAGUGCGCAAGAGCAAGUGAGCAAGAUCGGGAGGGGAAGGGGUGGGUUUAAAAUAUCCUCCACGAGGAAGCGGAAGAAAGCCAUAUUUGCUGGUGUGGAGCUGCACGCCACUCUUUGUGUGUGUGUGUGUGUGUGUAUGUGUGAGAGAGAGAGGGAGGGAGAGAAACGCUCUGCCUGGCUCUUACUGGGCCGUUCUCGCCUACCUUCCCUCUUUCUGUCUCUUUCUGCCCCCCACCCCCCUACCGUGCGUGUCUGUGUGUUUCUGUGGGAGCGAGCGAGCGGGGGGCCCGGGGAUGGGCGCACAAUGGGGCCGGCCUGUGGAGACGGGGCGGGCGACUCGCUGAGGGGGGGAGGGGCGCAGCGGAGGCUGCUCCACACGGCCAGCGCAGCUUGCCUGCCGCGGCUCCCUCCCAGCCUUGGGGGCUCCUCUCUGGGCUCUGGCCUCCAGAACUACCCCCUGGCCUGGACUGUGGAUUAAAGUACGCUUUGGCUCACCGGGGCCCGGGAACGGAGCUGUCUGGAAACUAGGCGAGUUGGACUGGACGGGGACCAAACUUCUGUCGCCUGAUUCGUCGCUGCUGGUUCUGGUGGAUUUGUUUCCUUUUGAUAAACUCCUAAAUGGAUUACAGGAUGCACGCCAAGUCAAGCGACGUGCUGGAUUUCCAAACCCUGGAUGCCCUUUUGGAAAAAAUUGCUCGUUACUCGGUCCCAGUGAAAAGAGAGCCCGGUGAGGAUUGCAAUGGGAUCCACAGUGCUCUCCCAGUUGAGUCCGUGCCGGAGUCGAGACUGAACGAGUGGGGUCCCCCUGUCCCCGCACACGUUCCCCCGCCCCUCCCUGCUGGCAUGGGGGACGGCCUGGACGGUGCUCAAAUGUCCGGGGGCAGCAGCAGCCAUGGGCAGCCCUCGGCCCAACCCUCCACCUUCAACCCCCCACCCCCUGAGACAACGAACUCCAACCGGCCCAAGCGGCAGACCAACCAGCUUCAGUACCUGCUGAAGACGGUGCUGAAGUCACUCUGGAAGCACCAGUUCGCCUGGCCCUUCCAGCAGCCUGUCGAUGCUGACAAGCUCAAUCUACCCGACUAUUACAAGAUCAUUAAAUGUCCUAUGGACAUGGGAACCAUUAAGAGACGUCUGGAAAACAGCUACUACUUGAACGCCCAAGAAUGUAUCCAAGACUUCAACACCAUGUUUACCAACUGCUACAUCUACAACAAGCCCGGAGACGACAUUGUCUUAAUGGCUGAGGCGUUGGAGAAGAUGUUCCUGCAGAAGAUCUCCGAGUUGCCCCAGGAGGAGAUGGAGAUCACAGUCAUGACGGGCAAAGGGCGGGGUCGUGGGCGCAGGGAUGGAGGCCUGAGUGUGAAGCCUGGCUCCGCCCUGGACUCGCCCUCCUCCACCCCCCACACACGCGCCCUGUCUGCCCCGACUGCAGCGCCGCAGACGAGGGGACCACCCGCCCCGCCCCCUCCACCAGCUAUGCCCCGUGUCCCUCCCACCCUCAACACGCUCGCGCCUCCGCCAGGGCCACCCUACUCUCUACCACCCCACACUCUGCCACCCCACACUCUGCCACCCCACUCUCUGCCACCCCACUCUCUGCCACCCCACACUCUGCCACCCCACUCUCUGCCACCCCACUCUCUGCCACCCCACUCUCUGCCACCCCACUCUCUGCCACCCCACUCUCUGCCACCCCACACUCUGCCACCCCACUCUCUACCAUCCCACACUCUGCCUUGCCACUCUCUGCCAUCACCUGAUUGCAUAAACCAGGCACCCAUCAUGACCUCGGUGCCUCCCCUGGCCCAGACCACUCUGCCCCUCAUGUCCAUCCCACAAGCCGCAGCUCCGCCCCUGACGAAACAGAGGAAGAGCCAGAAGAGAAAAGCGGACACGACCACACCCACAGCCAAUGACCAACUGAGCGAGUCCUCACCCGCCGCUUCUGAACCCAAGUCCGGCAAGUCGCUGCCACGCCGCGAGAGCAGCCGGCCGGCCAAGCAGCCCAAGAAAGAGGCACCGGACUCCCAGCACCACCUGGGUGUGGGCAUAGGUGCCGCCCUGGGUGCGGGUGGGGCCCAGGGCCCCAAGCAGCAGGAGCAGCUACGUUACUGCGGCGGCAUCAUCAGAGACAUGCUGUCCAAGAAGCACGCAGCCUACGCCUGGCCCUUCUACAAGCCCGUGGAUGUGGAAUCGCUGGGGCUGCACGACUACUACGAAAUCAUCAAGCACCCCAUGGACCUGGGCACCAUCAAGUCAAAGCUGGACAGCAGGCAGUACAGGGAUGCACAGGAGUUUGCAGCUGAUGUACGGCUGAUGUUCUCCAACUGCUACAAGUACAACCCGCCGGACCACGAGGUGGUGACCAUGGCCCGCAAACUGCAGGAUGUCUUCGAAAUGCGCUUUGCCAAAAUGCCGGAUGAACCCGAGGAGCCCUCGGCCCCCACGCACUCGCACGGGCUUCUCUCCGCCCCCGUCAAGCAGCAGCCGGCGCCGGCGCCACCUUCCUCCUCCGACAGCUCCAGCGAUUCCUCCUCGGAGUCGGAAUCCUCCACAGACGACUCCGAGGAGGAGCGGGCCCAGAGGCUGGCUGAGCUCCAGGAGCAGCUGAAGGCGGUACACGAGCAGCUGGCAGCUCUGUCGCAGCCCCAGGCUAAUAAACCGAAGAAGAAGGAGAAAGACAAGAAGGAGCGCAAGAAGGAGAAGCACAAGAAGAAGGCUGGUGGGCCUCCCUCACUGCCCGAGGAGGUGCAGGAACCGCCCACGCAAGGCCCCAAGAAAAGCAAGAGCAGCAAGGAGCUGCUGCCCAAGAAGAGCAAAAAGCCCAGUAAAAAAGAGGCGUCGAAGAAUGGCCGGUCUGCCCCCCCGAGCGGCCAGCUCCCUCCCCCUUUGGGCCCAGCUGCUAGUGGAGACCCAGAGGAGGAUGUGGGGAGUGCGGCGGGCGGGCCAGAGCACUGCAAGCCCAUGUCCUACGAGGAGAAACGGCAGCUGAGCCUGGACAUCAACAAGCUACCGGGUGACAAGCUGGGCCGCGUGGUGCACAUAAUCCAGUCCCGCGAGCCUUCACUCAAGAACUCGAACCCCGAUGAGAUCGAGAUCGACUUCGAGACACUCAAGCCCUCCACACUGCGCGAGCUCGAGAGAUACGUCUCGUCUUGCCUGCGCAAGAAGAAGAAGCUGCCUGUUGCCGAGAAGACAAUGGAAGCGAUGAGCUCAAUGAAGACGAAGACCGGUUCUUCGUCUGACUCGGGAAGCAGUGAAUCUAGCUCCUCUGACAGCGAGGCAUCCGACACUGGCGUCAUCUCCAAGCAGAAGAAGAAGAGCCACUCUGGGAAGGAGGGCAAGAAGCCACACCCCCAGGGGAUGGGUGCCAGCGCCCCUCCGCCCAUGGCCCCAGUGGUUCAGCCCGCGCCACCACUAAAGCAGCACCCCUCGCCGCCGGCCUACGUAGCGCCUCCCGCGCCGGCUCUGGACCCCUCACAGCUACUGGGUGGCACCUUCGACUCACUGCCGCACUUCGGCCAACCGCUGCGGCACCUGCCAUCACCGCCCCCACACCUCAAUGCCCAUGCGCCCUCCGGGCCUGCCUCACCCCUGACCACCGAGCCGCACCCAUUCCUCAACCAGCACAUACUCGCCACCCCAGCCCUGCACAAUGCCAUGCCUCAGCAGCCGUCGCGCCCCAGCAACCGGGCCGCCCCUCUACCUCCGAAACCUGCGCAGCCCCCUGCUCCCCAGCAGCCACAGCAACAACAGCAGCAGCCGCCGCCACCGCAACCUCUGCAGCAGGCGCAGCCGCAGCCCCCAAAACCAGCCCUGCCUCCACAAAUGCUGACCCACCUGCAGCCAUUGCACCAGCCGCUGCGUCCACGACCCCUGUCUCCACCCACCCUAACCCCCCAGGGCCUGCUCUCAGCCCAGCCUCCGCAGAUGAUCCUGGAGGACGACGAGGAGCCUGUGCCACUCAACCCGGUGCAGCUCUACCUGCAGCACCUGCAGCAGGCCCCGCUGUUGCAGUCUGUGCAAGUCCAGUCGCAACCUCCUGCCCGCCACCCCCCCCAACAGCAGCCACCGCCUCCACCGCAAGUCCAGCAGGCCCCACCACCACCACCACCGCCGCAGCAGCACCAGCACCCGCACCCACAUGCCCCACCGCAGCAUGCGCAACCGCCCAGGCACUUGCAGCUCCUGCAGCAGCCGCUGGCAUAUGCACCAGGGCCCAGUCAGCUGGCGCAGGUGCAGCAGCACAAAGUGCCCGCAGCCCCUACCAAAGGGCCACAGAUUCUCCAGCAGCAACAACAGCAUCCAUCGCCGCAUCAGCACACGCCUGACCCCUACAAUGCAGGACACCUGAGGGAGAGCCCCUCCCCACUGAUGAUGCAUUCCUCCCAGAUGCCCCAGUAUCCCCCCAUCACCCACCCAUCUUCUCCACACAGCAUGCAACCCAAGAAGCCUGAGCAGCGAGCGCCCUCAGCGCUGGCAGGGGUGAAAGAGGAGAAGCUGCCCCCCUCGCCAGCGUCCCAGGGGGAGCCGUUCAGCCCGGUGCUCCGCCAGGAAACCAACAAGCAUCCAGACAGCAAACCGCCACAGCCAGGACAUGGGCAGCAACGAUCGGACCCCAAGCUCCUGGAGAGCUCCCGCCCCGUGAUUCGCGCCCUCGACACCGGAGGCCCGGCCCAGAAUAUUCCGGACAAGGACAAGUUCAAACAGGAGCCUAAGACUCCAGUGGCUCCCAAAAAGGACAUGAAGCUGAAGAACAUGGGCCCCUGGGCCAGCCUGGCGCAGAAGCCCGCACUGGCACCCUCAUCCACGCUCAAGUCAUCAAGCGACAGCUUUGAACAGUUCCGGCGCGCCGCCCGCGAGAAGGAGGAGCGAGAGAGGGCACUGAAGGCCCAGGCAGAGCAGGCUGAGAAGGAGCGGCUUCGGCGGGAGCAGGACAGGCAGCGCCGCGACGAGGAGGAGGCAAUGGAACAGGCCCGCCGGCCCCAUGAGGAAGUGCGCAGGAGGGCGGAGCAGGUGCAGCAGCAGCAACCGCCACAGCAGCCCCCGCCUCCGCACACGCAGGCGGCCCAGCAGGUCCAGCAGCCCCCGCCCGUGCAGCCGCCCCAGACGCAGACGCCCUCUGCUUCGCAGCCCCCGCCCACGGCCGCUGCCCCGCAGCCCCCCUCUUCGCAGAGUGCGCUUGACCAGCAGAGGGACCUGGCGCGUCGCAGGGAGCAGGAGAGGAGGAGACGAGAGGCGAUGGCAGCCACCAUCGACAUGAACUUCCAAAGCGACCUGAUGGCCAUCUUUGAGGAGAACCUGUUUUAAACGCAGGAAUGCAAAUUGGGGAAAUACAAAGAAAAACUCAGCUGGGGAGAACGACGUACACAGACUCUGAAUGAGACAGGGGGACGUCAGCCUGGGGGGGGUGGUUGGGGAAGGGGGGGACCAAAGGGACUGAAGUCGAGAGAUCCUGCCUGGGGAGCAGCCUGCUUCAAGCUGCCAACGGUGAACUCCAGCACCGGGGGGGGAGCCUUCUCUAAACCCCCCCCCAAUGACCUCUCGGAGGGGAUGGACCUCUCAAAAGCAGGCGAGCGAGUCCCCCAUACGUGUCGCCACAGGGACGGGGCGCCCACGCUGAGCGCCACCUGACCCGACGACUCACGGACUGGCGGAGUCAUAAGCGGACCGACGUCAAGAACACAGUAGCUAACAUGCAAACGGUUUCCUGGCCGGGAGAGAUUUCACGGAUCGCCGGACUCCUGGAGUCAGGCUGGGGGAAACUGAAGACCGCAUUUGUUUUCUUUUUGUUUGUUUUUUUGUUUUUUUCCCUCCUCCCCUCUUGUGUUUUUCAUUACUAAUUUGAAGAGAAUACAUGCAAGCGGGUGUGGGGUUGGGGGGUGGGAUUUGGG